UCUCUUUUUGUCUAUCAUUAACCAACUCCAUUGCCGCGAAAAGUGUUGUUCAUACCGAAAACCCCGGGAAAAUGUACCAAAAACCAAGAAACAGAGAAAAACUCAUCUCCAUCCAUGGUAAUUAGGGUUAGGGUUUUCGUCUCCUCCUCCUGAACCCUCCUCACCCCCACCACUCUCCUGCAAAUGAAUCCCAAAAAAUCCCAAUUCCAUUAACAGAGCAUACAUACAUUCAAAUCCAAAAGACUCCAUUAGAGAGAGAGAGAAGCAAUGUUCAAGAGCUUUCUAAUGGUGACAGCUCGAGAGGACGAGAAAGCAGGAGAAGAAGGAGUGAUUAUGGAGGGAGAGAAUUUAUUAAAUCCGAUUAACCCGGAAAGCAAGAUGGAUGUGAUUCAAGAACUGAUUGCUCUGGUCGAUUCUGUCCAAUCGAUCGGAGAUUUUCGAAGGACGCAGAGGAAAGAGGCCUAUAAUCUCAUGCGGCGAUUGAAGCUCUUGUUGCCGCUUUUGGAAGAGAUUAGGGAUCUCGAUACACAAAUGCCUGAGGUGGGUAUGAUUUGCUUGUGUAAUUUGAAGAAGGCCUUCCUUUGUGCGAAGAAAUUGUUGAAGAUAUGCAAUGAGGGCAGCAAAAUCUAUCUGGCACUAGAGAGCGAGGAUUUCAUGAUCAGAUUUCAUUCCGUUUAUGAAAAAUUGAAUCAAGCUUUGGAGGGUAUGCCAUAUACAGAAAUUGGCAUUUCAGAGGAAGUGAAAGAACAAGUUGAGCUAAUGCGUAUGCAACUUAGAAGAGCAAAGAAGCGAACCGAUACUCAGGAUAUGGAACUGGCAAUGGAUAUGAUGGUAUUGUUAUCGACAACGGAUGAAAGGAAUGCAGACAGUGCCAGCAUAGAAAGGCUUGCAAACAAGCUCGCUUUACAUACCAUUGAGGACCUAAGGGCGGAAACAAUAGCUGUAAGGAAGCUUGUUAAAGAAAGAGCACAAAAUACAGAAGCUAACCAGCAAAUCAUCAAUCUUUUGAGCAAAUGCAAACAAAUUGCAGGAGUUGAAGACACCGGUGUUCAUGAUGAUCCUGCUGUGCCUAAAGCUCUUGCAAAGUGCCCAUCUCUGGCAAUCCCUAAUGAAUUUCUGUGUCCCAUUACACUAGAAAUAAUGACACACCCCGUUAUUGUUGCAACUGGACAGACAUAUGAAAGAGAAAGCAUACAGAAGUGGUUGGAUUCUGAUCAUCGAACCUGCCCGAAAAGCGGGCAACUUUUGGCUCACUUGUCACUAGCACCAAACUUUGCUCUCCGGAAUUUAAUUUUGCAGUGGUGUGAGAAGAACAAAUUUCCUCUUCCAAAACAAGAGGAUCCUGCAAACUUGGAGAGCUCCACUAUGGAACCCAACGAUGAGAUCUCAUCCAUGGUUCGAAACUUAUCCUCCAAUAAGUUAGAAGAGCAGAGAAAGGCUGUGAGGAAGAUCCGUAUGGUCUCCAAAGAGAGUCCAGAGAGCAGAAUUUUAAUAGCCAACGGCGGUGGAAUACCACCAUUAGUUCAACUCCUUUCCUACCCAGAUUCUAAAAUUCAAGAACAUGCCGUGACAGCUCUAUUAAAUUUGUCAAUUGAUGAAUCAAACAAGAAACUCAUAUCUAGAGAAGAACCCAUUCCAUCCAUUGUCGAGAUCUUGAAGAACGGAACUAUAGGGGCCAAAGAGAACUCAGCAGCAGCUUUAUUCAGCUUAUCGAUGCUUGAUGAGAACAAAGCGAUUAUUGGGUUAUCAAAUGGUAUCCCACCAUUGGUUGAAUUGUUACAGAAUGGGACAAUUAGAGGUAAAAAAGACGCUGUCACUGCUUUAUUUAACUUAUCGCUAAGCCAAGCGAAUAAGGCUAGGGCCAUUGAGGCUGGGAUUGUUGCACCUUUACUUCAAUUACUUAAGGACAACAAUUUGGACAUGGUUAAUGAGUCCCUCUCAUUGUUGCUACUUCUUGCAUCGCACGUAGAUGGGAGGAGAGAUAUUGGACAGCUCUCAGUUAUUGGAACGCUUGUUGAUUUCAUCAAAGAUGGGACCCCCAAGAAUAAGGAAUGUUCAGCAGCGCUGCUUCUUGAGUUGGGUUCAAGGAAUACGAAUCUCAUGUUGGCUGCUCUUCAGUAUGGUGUGUAUGCCGACGUGGUUGACCUUUCGAAGAAUGGGACUAAUAGAGGUCAAAGAAAAGCGGAUUCAAUUUUGCAGCUCAUGAGUAAAUCUGAACAAAUCCCUUAAGGGUUAAUGACGGCAAUCUGAUUUGUAAUCUACCUCGUGUUUGCUGGAAUGAUAAAAAUUGUUGGUAAUUGAUUGUGUAAUUUACUACUUAGUCGCAGUUGAUCUUUGUGAAUCCUGUCCAAAUAUAUUGUUUUUUUCCCUUCUCCUUGCCGUCUUCUUUUGGACGAAAUUGUUAUAUGUAUUAGCAUCUUCUUUAAUGUGUAGCAAAAAUUCUACAUAACUGUUGCGAUGCAUUCGUGCUGCUUUUGCUUUCUAAAA